UUCCUUAGCCAUUAGCCAUUAGUAUAUAAAAUUGGGCAUUAGGAAAAAAAAGGUGUAGUAGAGUGGAAGAGCAUGAGUUCAAUGAUAAGCGCGCAAGGGGUGGCGGUGGCGACGGCCAUGGCGGUGUCCGGCACGGUGAUUCUGCUGGCUCUCCGACUGCAGAAGGGAGGCGAAUUCCCCCUGGGGCCUCCGGUUCUGCGAUCUUGCAUAUCCUCGGGUGGGAAGAAGAGCAAGAAGAAGAAGAAGAAACGGGUCCACUUCGCCGAGGACGUGGUGGAGUCCUGCAGAGACGCUCAUGAGUUGAGGACCAAAAUCCAUUCUUUCAACCCCCAAACGCCAUCCAAUUCCAACGGACCACCCAUCCCUCCUAACAGGCUCGCUUUGUAUAAUGGAAUGCUUAGAGAUCGUUUGGCCCAACGAUUGGCCUUUUCUUGUUGAAUAUUCUCUCAUUAUGCUUCGUUUUUUCUCAUGCUCCACCACACUUGCUCUCUUCAUUUUCUUCAUAUUUUAGGAUAAUUCUCUUUCUUUCCUUCCCUUCUCUUGUAUUGUUAAUUCUCACAUGUAAAUACAAUCCACACCACUUGUUUUCCCUUCU